AUGGCCGCAGCCAGCCUGGCCUCAAGGGCCAGGGGGGCCGUGGUCGGGUGCUUGGUGGCCGAUGCAGCCGCCGUCCCAUGCCACUGGUGCUAUGACCCCAGCAAGCUCGCAGAGCACCUCAAAGCGGCAAAGCGCGGUCCGGCCUUCUGCGAUCCUCCAGGCAAUGUCUUCUACACACCCCCACCCGGUGGCUUCAGCUGCUACGGAGAUCAGACCAUGGCGCUGCUUGAGUCCUUGGUUGCUUGCGAGGGGAAGUUGGAUGUGGAGGACUACUGCUCUCGCCUGGAAGGCAAGUUUGGCAAAGGGAGUGCCUAUGAGGUGGAGGCUGUGGAUCAGGAGAAUUGGCCAGAGCUCAAAAAGAACCCAACAGACGCAGAUGGCAAUGUGAUCGAGGCUGAAAGGAAGUGGAGCAUGCCGCUGCCUGGGCCGUGGCGCCACGGCUCCGUCAAAGGCUUCCUCAAGAACUACGUCGUCGAAAAGAAGAAGUCCCCAGACUGCGGUUCCAACGAUGAACAGGUGGAUGGCUGUUGCAAAGUUGCCCCUCUUGUCGCUCUCUUGGCCGGUGAACCGGCCUUGCUGCCUUGUGUGGACACCGCCGUCCGAGUCACGCAGAACACCGACAAAGCCUCGGCGUUCGCCUGUGGAUUUGCGCGCGUCCUUGAGAAGUUGGUUCUUGGAACUCCGACUGUCAGCGAGGCAAUCUCAGCAGCCCAGGCGGAUCUGGCAAAUCCAGACCGUGCCUUCAAAACCAACCUGGAUGACGAAGUGGCAGCAAACCUUGCCCGGGUUGUGGGCGAAUUUUCCGGAAUGCCGCACUCAGAGGUGGGCAUGAAGCUGAAGCCUGAAUCUGCUGGAUUCCCCUUCGCUGGUCUUGCCUGA